UCGGCACAGGCGCGGAGCCCGGGGACGGCCGCCGGGGAGGAUCGGGGGGUGCGGAGCCCAGACCCCCCCGCGCGCCCUCCCCCAACAUGGCCGCCGCCGCCUCCCAGGACGAGCUGAAUCAACUUGAACGGGUCUUUUUACGCCUUGGCCAUGCAGAGACAGAUGAACAGCUACAGAACAUCAUAUGUAAAUUCCUCCCUCCGGUUCUGCUCAAGCUGUCCAGCACGCAGGAGGGGGUGCGCAAAAAGGUCAUGGAACUCUUGGUCCAUCUGAACAAGCGCAUAAAAAGCCGUCCCAGGAUACAGCUGCCAGUAGAGACACUCCUGGUUCAGUACCAGGACCCCGCUGCAGUCUCCUUUGUCACAAAUUUCACUAUAAUUUAUGUUAAGAUGGGCUAUCCACGCCUGCCGGUGGAGAAGCAGUGUGAACUGGCCCCCACGCUCCUGACAGCCAUGGAAGGGAAACCCCAGCCACAGCAGGACAGCUUAAUGCAUCUUUUAAUACCAACCCUUUUUCACAUGAAAUACCCUGUCAAAUCACCAAAAUCAGCUUCUCCGUUUAAUCUUGCUGAGAAACCAAAGACUGUGCAGCUGCUCUCGGACUUCAUGCUCGAUGUCCUUCUGAUGCCUUAUGGAUUUGUGUUAAGUGAAUCUCAGAGUCGCCAGAGUUCAUCCUCAGCACAGGGCUCUUCCCCCAGCAGCGGGGGCACUCCUGGCCUGCCACAGCCUCCCCCGGGGAUGAGCUUUUACUCGGCUAAACGCGUCAUUGGUGACGUCCCGUGGACGCCUGAACAGCUGGAGCAGUGCAAACUGGGUAUAGUGAAGUUCAUAGAAGCUGAGCAGGUGCCUGAACUGGAAGCUGUUCUCCACCUAGUGAUUGCUUCCAGCGACACACGCCACAGCGUAGCCACGGCAGCUGACCUGGAGCUGAAGAGCAGGCACAGCUUAAUUGACUGGAAUAAUCCUGCCAUUAUUAAUAAGAUGUUCAAAGUAUACCUUGGAGAUAUACCACUGAAGACAAAAGAGGGAGCCGUCCUAAAGCCAGAGCUGAAGCGGGACCCAGUCAGCACGAGAGUCAAGUUGAAGAUCGUGCCCCACCUCCUCCGGUCCAGACAAGCUGCAGAGACCUUCCCAGCCAAUAUCCAGGUGGUGUAUGAUGGACUUUUUGGAACAAAUACAAACUCAAAAUUAAGGACAUUAUCCCUACAAUUUGUACAUCAUAUUUGCAUAACCUGUCCAGAAGUCAAGAUUAAGCCACUAGGUCCAAUGCUUUUGAAUGGACUCACCAAGCUAAUCAAUGAAUACAAAGAAGACCCUAAACUACUGUCUAUGGCAUAUUCAGCUGUUGGAAAGCUCUCCAGCCGGAUGCCUCACCUGUUCACCAAGGACAUCGCCCUUGUGCAGCAGCUCUUUGAGGCCCUCUGCAAGGAAGAGUCUGAGACUCGACUUGCUAUUCAGGAGGCAUUAUCCAUGAUGGUGGGGGCAUACAGCGCCCUGGAAGGGGCACAGCGGACCCUCAUGGAGGCGCUUGUCGCUUCCUACUUGAUAAAGCCAGAAGUUCAAGUCCGACAAGUGGCCGUGAAAUUUGCCAGCACGGUGUUUCCCUCCGACCAUAUUCCCUCCAGAUACUUGCUGCUACUGGCUGCAGGAGACCCACGGGAAGAAGUUCAUGGAGAAGCCCAGAGAGUGUUAAGGUGUCUUCCUGGUAGAAACAGAGAAGAGAAUGUCUCUAAACGGAUGCCUUCUUUCCCAGAAAUGGUCUAUUAUAUCCAAGAAAAGGCUUCCCAUCGGAUGAAAACUCCAGCCAAGUACGUGACUGGGACCACUGCCCUUCCCUUUAACCCAGCAGCCUUUGGAGAGAUAGUCCUGUACUUGCGCAUGUGCCUGGCUCACAGUGCGGGAGUGGCGCCCACCUCCCAGAGUCUGGCUGACAUGCAAGAUCACGCCCCGGCCAUUGGACGUUACAUCCGGACAUUGAUGUCAGGCGGCCAGGCGGCAUCCUCCUCCUCGUCUUCCAGGAGCGGAGAAGCCAACCCCGUGCACAUCUACGUCGGCCUGCUCCAGCAGCUGCUGGCGGGGGUCGGAGGUCUGCCAGUCAUGUACUGUCUACUGGAAGCUGUCUCUGUGUGCCCAGAAAAGCUGGCUGUCAAAUUUGUAGAUAAAACAGAAUGGAUUAAGAGUCUGAUGACUAGCAGCAAAGAAGACAUGCGUGAGCUCGCGGCACUGUUCUACUCGGUGGUGGUGUCGGUGGUGUCGGGGGAGGAGCUGAGAUCAGUGAUAGAGCAGCUCAUGAAGACUGCGAAGGACAAUCACAGUCCAGAGAUACAGCAUGGGUCCUUGCUUGCGUUGGGGUUCACAGUAGGAAGAUAUUUGGCUAAAAAGAAGAUGAGGCCGACAGAGCAAGGAGACUUGGAGACAGACGCCAAUUUCCUGCCCGGACAAGAACAGGCCAUUCAGAGCGCCACAGAAACCAUAGGCUCAUUUUUGGACAGCACGUCCCCCCUUCUCGCGGUUGCUGCCUGCACUGCCCUGGGUGAGAUCGGCAGAAACGGUCCUCUGCCAAUCCCUAAUGAGGGCUCUGGCUUUACCAAAUUACACCUUGUGGAAAGCUUACUGAACAGAAUACCUUCCAGCAAAGAGACAAAUAAGAUGAAAGAGAGAGCGGUCCAGACUCUGGGGUAUUUUCCAGUUGGGGAUGGAAACUUUCCUCACCAGAAGCUCCUCUUGCAAGGUCUGAUGGAUUCUGUGGAGGCCAAACAGAUAGAGCUGCAGUUCACAGUUGGUGAAGCUAUUACCAGUGCUGCGAUAGGGACUGGUUCUGCGGCUGCCAGAGACGCCUGGCUGGUGACGGAAGAAGAGUAUCGCCCCCCUCCAGGGGUCACGCUGAAUGACGUCGUUCCAUGGGUGUUGGAUGUCAUCUUAAACAAGCAAAUCCCCAGCCCCAACCCACAUGUGAGGCAGGCUGCCUGCAUCUGGCUCCUUUCCCUGGUGAGGAAGCUAAGCAGCCACCAGGAGGUGAAGUCGCAUCUUAAAGAAAUCCAGAGUGCCUUUGUUUCAGUUCUUUCGGAAAAUGAUGAACUUAGCCAAGAUGUUGCCUCAAAAGGUCUUGGUUUGGUCUACGAGCUGGGCAGUGAGCAAGAUCAACAGGAACUGGUUUCUGCUCUUGUAGAGACACUGAUGACUGGCAAAAGAGCGAAACAUGAAGUCUCUGGAGAAACAGUGGUAUUCCAAGGGGGAGGCCUUGGCAAGACUCCAGAUGGCCAGGGCCUCUCUACGUACAAGGAGCUUUGUUCUCUGGCGAGUGACCUUAGUCAACCAGAUCUGGUGUAUAAAUUCAUGAACUUAGCCAACCAUCAUGCUAUGUGGAACUCGAGGAAGGGUGCUGCUUUUGGCUUCAAUGUGAUCGCGACCAGAGCUGGAGAGCAGCUGGCUCCUUUCCUACCUCAGCUGGUUCCUCGUCUUUAUCGGUAUCAGUUCGAUCCCAACCUCGGCAUUCGACAGGCCAUGACGAGCAUCUGGAACGCCUUGGUCACUGACAAGUCAAUGGUUGAUAAGUAUUUGAAGGAAAUUCUUCACGAUUUGGUUAAGAACCUUACCAGCAACAUGUGGCGAGUUCGAGAAUCCAGCUGUUUAGCCUUGAACGAUUUAUUGAGGGGAAGAUCCCUAGACGACAUCAUUGACAAACUUCCAGAAAUCUGGGAGACUCUGUUUAGAGUACAAGAUGAUAUAAAGGAGUCAGUACGAAAAGCCGCAGAGCUAGCCCUGAAAACUCUAAGCAAGGUCUGCGUGAAGAUGUGUGGCCCAUGUAAGGGAGCGGCCAGCCAGAGAACCAUCGCCGUGCUCCUGCCCUGCCUCCUGGACACGGGAGUGAUGAGUCCUGUGGCGGAAGUCCGAGCUCUCAGCAUCAACACCCUCGUGAAGAUCAGCAAGAGUGCAGGGGCCAUGCUGCAGCCGCACGCGCCCAGACUCAUCCCGGCCCUCCUGGAGUCCUUGAGUGUCUUGGAGCCCCAGGUCCUCAACUACCUGAGCCUCCGGGCUACGGACCAAGAAAAGGCUGCGAUGGACAGUGCCCGGUUGAGUGCUGCCAAGUCUUCCCCUAUGAUGGAGACCAUCAACACGUGCCUGCAGCACCUUGAUGUCUCUGUGUUGGGCGAGCUAGUCCCUAGAUUAUGUGAACUAAUAAGAAGUGGUGUGGGGCUUGGAACUAAGGGAGGUUGUGCCAGUGUGAUUGUGUCGUUAACGACUCAGUGUCCCCAGGACCUCACACCUUACUCGGGCAAGCUCCUGAGUGCUCUGCUCAGCGGCCUGACAGACCGAAACAGCGCGAUCCAGAAGGCCUGCGCCCUCGCCGUGGCCCAUCUCGUGCGGACCUCACGGGAUAGCAGCAUUGAAAAACUUCUGCAGAAACUUCACGGCUGGUAUAUGGAGAAAGAAGAACCCGUCUACAAGACGUCCUGCGUGUUGACCGUGCAUGCGAUCGGACGAUACAGCCCCGACGUGGUGAAGAAUCAUGCCAGAGAAGUCCUGCCCUUGGCGUUCCUGGGCAUGCACGAAGUGGCUGACGAGGAGAAGUCAGACCAGGAGGAAUGCAAUCUGUGGGCCGAAGUGUGGCAGGAGAACGUUCCUGGUUCUUCCGGUGGCAUUCGCCUCUACAUGCCAGAGCUGAUCACCAUUACCCAGAAGGCUCUGCAGUCUCAGUCCUGGAAGAUGAAAGCCCAGGGAGCGGCCGCCAUGGCAUCCAUUGCAAAGCAGACCAGCUCGCUGGCUCCUCCGUACCUGGGCAUGAUCCUCUCAGCCCUCCUGCAAGGCCUGGCCGGAAGGACGUGGGCAGGAAAGGAAGAGCUACUGAAAGCCAUUGCCUGCGUGGUGACAGCUUGCAGUGUGGAGCUGGAGAAGCCUGUGCCCAGUCAGCCCAGCACCAGCGAGGUUCUGCAAGCUCUUCUGAAGGAGUGUUGCCGAGAGAAUCUCAGGUACAAGAUCGUAGCCAUCCGCUGCACAGCGGACGUCUUGAAAGCCACCAAAGAAGACAGGUUCCAGGAGUUCUCCGACAUCGUCAUCCCCCUGAUCAAGAAGAACUCACCGGAAAGUGUCCGAGCAACCAGAAAUGAAGAUGAGGAUGAGAAGGAAAGGGAGCUGCAGAUGGAGUCUCUCCUGGGCGCAUUUGAGGGCCUGGGCAAAGCCUGGCCCCGAAACGCAGAUACCCAGCGGUGCCACGGCCAGGAGCUGUGCAGGCUCAUGUGUGAGCGGCUGAAGCUCAGCACCUGGAAAGUGCAGCUGGGCGUCCUGCAGUCCGUGAACGCCUACUUCCAAGGUUUGAUGCUUUUGGAAGAAGAGUUCGCAGAUCCUGAGGCCUUGUCGGAAAUCCUCCUCGAAACUUGUAAAUCAAUCACAUACUCUUUAGAAAAUAAAACCUACUCAUCUGUGAGGACAGAAGCUUUAUCUGUGAUAGAAUUAAUCCUUAAAAAACUUGAAGAAUCUAAACAGUGGGACAGUCUGACAUCUGACUGCAGAGUUCUCCUGAUUGAAUCUUUAGCAACUAUGGAGACAGACAGCCGGCCAGAAUUGCAGGAGAAAGCAUCGUCACUGAAGAAAACGCUUGAAAAUUUGGAGUAGACUAGGACAGGAGAAUAAAAACAAGUGCCAUGUUCACUGGGUAGAUGGCGGCGUUCUUUGAGAAGACAAGUGGGGGAGAGCCAAGAUUAAUCUGUAGCAUGCAUCAUUCCUUGGCUGAAAUAAAAAAAUGCCUUAA